GACAAAUAGUUAUCGAUUGCAUUUUGACGCCGCCGAAAAAUUGACUUGACACCGCCUUCAAAAAAUUUGUUUGCUUCGUUGUCUGAUGGUUUGAGAAAAAAUUGAAAAUUUACAAAAUUAUAUUAGAAAAUGGGUUAUAAUAGUCAAAACGACAGCGGAUCUGGUUCAGAUUCGGACUCCAGUAGCAGCAGUCGCAGUCGGAGCAAUACACCAAACGCCAAAACAAGCAAUGCCGGAUCACCAGCUUCACAUAAAUCGGGAGGCAGUGGUAGUGACAGAUCACGAUCAGGCAGUCCAGCAUCGAGGCGUUCUUCCCGAUCCCGUUCUAGGUCUGGAUCGCGCUCAAGAUCUGGAACGCCAAAUAGCCGUCACACCGGUUCUCCGGGUAAUAAAUCCAGAUCGCAAUCUCGCUCUCGGUCGCGUUCGGGUACACCACACAGCAAACGUUCCAAUUCGGCAGGAAGUCAACAUUCGAAAACAUCAAAGAAAUCCGGUGGUGGUGGUAGUCCAUCCAAAGAUGCAAAUGCGGCAAAUGAAGAGGAGUCAAGGUCUCAAUCUCCCAAUCUUCAAAUAGAUGAUCGACAGUCUCGUAGCAGAUCUAGAUCAAAAUCCGGCUCUCCCAGAUCAAGAAGUGGCUCAUCAAAGUCACGUUCUGCCUCACGUUCUCGAUCUAGAUCGAAAUCACGUUCUCGUUCGGGAUCACGCAGUCGUUCGGGUACACCACAUUCGCGGAGGUCUCGUAGCGGCUCUGAAUCUGGCAGUGAUAUUGGUGGUGAUAAGGCAAAAAAGAAACGCAAAGCAGUUUCCAGUGGAUCCGAGGCCGAGGGAAGUGACAAGGGCUCACCUUCGAAAAACAAAAAAUCUCGAAUUAUUGAUUCCGAUGACAGUGAAAAUGAGGGAGAAUCCAAAAAGGUUGAUGCCCAAGAUAUUUUUGGCGAUGCCGAUGACAUAAGUAUGUCUGAAGAUGAGGAUGAUGCAGGAAAGGCGAAAUCGGAUAGUGAAUCGGAGAAAGGAUCACGAAGAUCAAAAUCUCGAUCAAGGUCAUCAUCGAGAGGUUCAGCCAGAUCAAGGACCAAGUCACGUUCCAGAUCAAGAUCUCGAUCACGUUCCGGUUCCCGGGCCAGAUCUCGUUCUGCCGAAAGGGUGGGCCAACAAAAGGAAGAUGAGCCCGAGCCUAUACCUGAAACUCGUAUUGAUGUUGAAAUUCCCCGCAUUGUCACCGAUUUGGGUAGGGAAAUACAUUUUGUAAAACUGCCCAAUUUCUUGUCCGUCGAGACACGACCAUUUGAUCCCGAAACCUAUGAAGAUGAAAUCGAUGAGGAGGAAACCAUGGACGAGGAAGGUCGUCAGCGUAUCAAAUUGAAAGUUAGUAACACCAUACGGUGGCGAGAAUUUAUGAAUAAUAAUGGCGACAUGGUAAAGGAAUCAAAUGCCCGCUUUGUUCGAUGGUCCGAUGGCAGUAUGUCCCUGCAUUUGGGUAAUGAAAUAUUCGAUGUUUACCGCCAGCCCUUGCACGGCGAUCACAAUCAUUUAUUCAUUCGCCAGGGUACUGGUCUCCAGGGCCAAGCUGUGUUCCGUACCAAACUCACUUUCCGACCACACUCCACGGAGUCAUUCACGCACAAGAAGAUGACCAUGUCCUUGGCCGAUCGUUCACAGAAGGUCUCUGGUAUUAAGAUCCUCACACAAGUUGGCAAGGAUCCAACACAGGAUCGUUUGUACAAUCUGAAGAAGGAAGAAGAGAAACUGCGACAAGCAAUGCGUGCCCAACACAAACCGCCGCCCAAAAAGAAGAAAGGAGCAGAUGCCAUGGCUGGUGGUUCACAUGGCGCCUAUCACCAGGACGAGGGUAGCGAUGAUGAGAAUGCCAUCUCAUUGAGUGCUAUUAAGAAUAAAUACAACAAAAAGACAAAUCCUGCAUCCUCCUCAUCGGGCGCCGGUGGCGGUUCUGCUGAUCAAAAAGCAUCGGCAAUUUAUUCAUCGGAUGAUGAUGAUGGCUCUGAUUUUGAGGGUCGUCGCAGCAAGAAAGUGGUGGACAAGACUAAAGUUGUUAAGGCGCUGCGUGAUUCGGACAGCGAAUCGGAUGUUGAACGCGGCAGUGGUAGCGAUCACAGCGGUAGUGGCGAUGAUGCUGGCAGUAAAAGUGGAGGUUCUGGCAGUGGAAGUGGUAGCGGCAGUGGCAGCGGAAGUGAGAGUGAAUAAGGUUUUUUUCUUAUUUUUAAGUUGGUAUUAGAAUAAUAUUUAAAAGGCUUACUAUUUUGUCAAGAGAAGCUGCAAAAUGAAAAUUAAAGAAAAUAAAUACCCAUUGGAAAAUAAAUAGAAA